UUGUCUUCAGAACAUCCUGUCCUUCCUGUAACUGCCCUUUUUGCUAACCAUCUUCUAGGUUCUCCCCCACCCUUUCCAUUCUCUCCCCAUUCCGUCUUGUUAAUAACCAAGCUCCGCCCACAUUCCAAAGGGAAAUCUCCUGACAGUUGCUAUAGACAGAAUCCUUCUCCUCUAUCUAACAUGCAGCCUUCUUCCUAUCUUGCCUUGCACCCACAAGAAGCUUCCCUAUUGAGAAAGACAAGCAAGAGUGGAGUGGUCUAGUGAAUUAUUUCACCGAUCAAGGAAAAUGACUAGCAAUCUUGCCUGGCUACUGGUGCUGAUCUCAUGGAACGUGUUAUGUGAGAAUGCAGGUCAGAAGCCACCACAGGGUUUUAGAUAUGCUUCUUAUGAAGUGAUCAUCCCAAGGAAACUUACUCCCCGAUAUGGAGAACAUGAAACUCAUGAUGUCACAUACCUGCUGCAGAUUGAGGGGAAGGGUCUUGUGGUGAUGCUCAGGAAAAAGAAGAGCUUUGUCCCUAAACACUUCACUGUCAUCACAUACAGUAAGGAGGGAGACCUCCAGGUGGACUAUCCUUUCAUCAAAGAUGACUGCUUCUACCAUGGCUUUGUACAAGACAAGCCUUCCUCUAGGGUCACCCUCAGCACUUGCUCGGGGGGCCUCAGGGGUCUGCUUCACUUAGAAAAUUACACCUUUGAAAUUGAACCUGUUCAGGCACCUGGUACUCCUCAACAUGUGGUGUACAGAUUGGAGGGAAUUGAAGGUGCUGUUCGCAUGAGGUGUGGGCUAACAAAGGAAAAGCAAAGGCGCCAAGAGGCCAUGUUCCAAAACAAAAUGAAAGUAUGGACUGAAAGUGCUGCUAGAGGAGCCUGGUGGUCACACACCAGGUAUGUAGAGGUUGCAAUCGUGAUAGAACAUGAACGAUAUGUCCAGUUUGGCAGAAAUGAAAGUCGUGUUGCUAGGCAAGUUAUGGAUAUCAUCCAUACUGCAAACUCAAUAUAUGAGCCACUGUCUCUUGAGAUUUCUAUAGCUGGCUUGGAGAUAUGGACAGAAAAAAACCUCAUAAAAAUUGUUAACAGCAUAGAUGACACUCAUAAUAUGUUCACCAGCUAUUUAAAAAGUUCACUAAGUAAACGUAUGCAACUUGACGCUGCUCACUUAUUUAUAUAUAAGAGUUAUGGAAGUACACUUGGAUUAGCGUUCAUAAAUACAGUUUGUAAUACCCAUUGGGCAUCUGGUGUUGAAUCAUAUGUGACUACCAGUUUGUUCCUUAUUUCUCACACCUUUUCCCAUGAAUUAGGACACAAUCUUGGAAUGAAACAUGAUGAAAAAUACUGUACUUGUGGUCGAAGUUCUUGUAUAAUGGCUGAAUAUCAAACAACCUCUGAUAAGUUUAGCAACUGUAGUUAUAAAGAAUAUUUCAACAUAAGAAACAGACAAUGUUUGCUAAUUCCACCAGACUCCGAUAAAAUAUAUAAAUUUGCAUACUGUGGAAAUGAAGUAGUGGAAGAUGGAGAGGAAUGUGAUUGUGGUUCACCUGAUCAAUGCAAGUUGGAUCCAUGUUGCCAGUCUGAUUGCAUGUUGAGUCCAAGUGCUGCUUGUGCUUUUGGACAGUGUUGUAGUGAGUGUCAGUAUCUUCCAGUUCAUAAGGUUUGCAGAGAACCGGUCAGCAGUUGUGAUCUCCCUGAGUACUGCAAUGGGACUUCAGAAUGGUGUCCUGAAGAUGUUUAUGUACAAGAUGGUGCCCCGUGUAGUGAUGGUGUAUACUGUUAUCAUGGGAAUUGCACAACUCACAACAGGCAGUGCAGAAUGAUCUUUGGGAUCAAAGCAAUCAGUGCAUCAAAGGAUUGUUUUAGUGAAAUGAAUGCUCGAGGUGAUCGCUUUGGAAACUGUGGGCUUAUACAUGACACUUAUAAGAAAUGUGAUACUCAGAACAUCUUAUGCGGCCGAAUCCAGUGUGAAAAUAUUGAUGCAGUACCUUCUUUGGAGGAACACAGAACCAUAAUUAAUACGCCCCUUGGCAAUAGGAAAUGCUGGAGUACAGAUUACCAUGCUGGAAUGGAGAUACCUGAUAUUGGAGCAGUGAGAGAUGGGACUCCUUGUGGCACAGAAAUGAUGUGCAUUAAUGCGGAGUGCAAGAGUGUGUCCCUCUUGAAAUAUGAUUGCAAUGUCACAAAGUGUCAUAAUCGAGGAAUAUGCAACUCUCACAAACAUUGUCACUGUGAUAAUGGCUGGGCCCCUCCAGACUGUCAAAACAAAGGUAAUGGUGGCAGCAUUGACAGUGGACCUCCUCCACCAGGGAAGGCUUCACAGCGUAGUGUCACCAUGAUAGGAAUUAUAGCAGCAAUUGUAUUUCUUGUUUCUACUGUUCUUGCUAUUCUUGGGCUGGGUAUUUAUUUCCGCAAGCCUCUGAGAGAGCGGUUUGUAAAAAAACCAGAACAAACACAUGAAGAAUAUGUAAAAGAGGAAGAAAAUCCUGUCCCAACUGAAUCAGAGAAUUGAACAAUACACUGAAUGUGUCAAAUAGAUGCACAGAAAUAAUGGACAGCAUUAUGCAGAGAUUUCUAAAGUUUCUAAAGUUUUAAAAGCCCUACAUUUGUCUACUACGCACAACAGGGCAGAACUCUGCAAUGUGUUCAUGUCUGUAUUCUCUAACUCUCAGAAGUAUCUCCCUCAAGCUCACUGGGGAAAAGAAAUAUCUGUGAAGCAAACUAAAUACUUUCAACAAAAGCCAGGCUCGGAAUAAAAUCCCAUUCUCACAGAAACCAACAUAACCACUGAUGCCAUUUGAAUAACUGAGGUGAUGUUCUAAAAUAUGCUAGUUGUAGAGCAGUAAAAAGGCAACAAAAUAUUUCUAACAGCUGAGCAUCACAACGUUAUGUAAUCUUAGUGAUUCCAUGCCUUCAUAUCAAAGCAACUGAAGAAUGGAUACAGAAACCAUGGAAACAAAAACAAUGCUAAAAUGACAAAAUGUUUAUUUGUUUAUUUAAUUUAUUCCACACACUUUAAAGAAAGUAAUCCAAAGUGAUUUAUAAUAUAGAAACAAACACAUACUGUACAUUGAAACCAGGAGAAAAUAAAAUAAAAACCAAAGAUAAAUCUAAACUAAAAUCCCAUUUUUAAAAGGCGGGAUUAAAACAUUCCACCCACUGGAGACCACAGAUAACUAAAAACAAAGAUCUAGCAAAAGAGGGGGGAGUUUUUGCUUAGUGCCUUGUAGUGCUUGUAGUCUGAGGUCUUCACUUACUCAGAGUCCAAGCUGGCACUGUUUUGAGCCUGGUCCUCAGCUAUCCAUGUCUCCACUGUAAUUGGAGAAAACCACCUUUCUUUGUUUCUACAGAGGUUCCCUACAAAUAAAAGGCAAGUGUACAAAACCAGGACGUAUCUCUCUAAAACACACACACACACUCAUUUCAGUUUUUCGGCCAGAAAAAAUAUUAGAAAAAGUUAGUCUGUUAAAGCCUAUAAAACAAUUUGUUCUACCAAGACACUUUGGCUGAUUUACUACAAAUUCAUAUUAUCCCAAAGAUGUAUUUAAAUCAGUUUGUAUAUGUGUGCAGUGUAAUGUUGUAACUCUUUGUGACCUAUUUCAACUAUAUAUUACUUUUCAAAACUGCUUUGAAGUCCCCCCCCCUACAAUCAAGUGAUAUAUAAAUUUUAUUAAAUAAAUAAAUAAAUAAACAUUUGCAGUUGCCGUCAUCUUUUUUAAAAUCAAAAUCAAAAUUAAAAAGAAUAGAUUAAGUCAGUAGAGCAGAGACUUUUAAUCUCAGGGUUGUGGAUUU